AUGGAUCCUUGGAAAUGUGCACUCAGUACAGUUAUUGAAAAUUUACCUGACUAUGUUCGUGCAUAUCAAUUCGGCAUUGCAUUCACGUUCGCAUUUAUGUUCUUAGAUAAUAUUACAAAAUCUGGCACUUUUUUCUUGUUAAAAUGGCUGCUACUUUUACUUCUAGUGCAAAAUGAAUUCACAGAACCUGACGGAAAAAAUUCGUUUGCGCAGACUUCAUGUAGACCACCAGCUCUGCUUUUGGUGGGGUCCUUGGGUGACAGCUUGUCCAAUAACCUACUGAGAGCAGCGGGACAGUUUUCGAAACCAUUUUGUGAACACAAGCCCGGUGGUGUUAUACUUCCAACAUCCUUGGAAGUAGACUUGAGUGGAUCUAAGAAACCGAAUUCUAAAUGCCUAAGGAAAGCUAUGAAAACAUUGAAUACUUCACAAGCAAAGUCUAUAGAGCUGGAUAAAUUAUGUACAAAUGAAGAACAUACAGUUUUGUGUGGAACCAUAGAACUAGCUUCUGGAGGAAUAGCUUAUUUCCCGAAUUUAGAGCUUUAUAAAAAGAAAGAGAUAACUAGUCUUGUUUACGCUUUAGAGAAUAUGACAGUGGGUGAUUCACACUCAAAUUAUGGAGUUGAUUCAUCAUCUGUUCAUAAGAUCAGCGAGGAACUAUCUUACCCAAACGAAACCACUAUUUGGGCUACUGUUGAAGUUAAUCCACUACAUAGAAACAAAGCCAAAGAUACAAUCCUUAGACUUUCACAAAAUUGUUUAUCUGAAACAGAUAUCUUUAUAGAAACAAUAGGGAAAACGGACCAGGAAUGUACCACAUUACUACUUAGUGGAAAUUUGAAAAGAAUUAUGCAUGCUUUUGAUAUAGUCGUCAAUAUUGAAGAGGCAGCCGGACCAAUCAAACUCAUGGAUGAAUCACUGGCGGACUUCUGUUUAUCAACAACACCUGGUUCGGAAAUCGUAAAAUCUUCACUUCCAAAUAUGAAAAUUUAUUCAAGUCUUCUAAAUGCAUGCAAAAGCGCACCUACAGUGAAGAUGGAAGAAAAGACUAGUCAAUUACUGAAAGUUUACUACUUAGCAAUGAGGCGUUCAUCUGUUCGAGAUCGAAAAACAGCUCCAGCUUCUGCAUUACCUACGUUGUUUAAAUUGGCCAAGAGUAACGCUAAAAUUAACGGACGCAUUGUUGCAAACGAACUUGACGCUAUCGUUUCAAUUUAUAUCUACGACACUUUUAUUUCGAAUCAGACAGGUACAAAUUAUCUUGGGUCAAAAUCAUUUCAUCAUAUCGCUGGAAUGGAACACGAGUCGAUGGAAGAACUGAAUAACACCUUGGUAUCAAUAAACAAACAGCUGAAGGACUUAAUAAAUAUUCCUAUGGAUGAAAUGUAA